CAGGUGUUUGAAGGAAAUGCUGAUUCCUAUGCCGUACGCCAUGCCUACCUCGAUACUCCUAUUAUUGCCAGAUAUAUUAAAUUUCAUACAGUACAAUGGCAUAGACAUCCCAGCAUGAGAGUAGAGGUUCUUGGUUGUCAAUGUAAGUAUAUAAAUGAACCAGUAGGAUUACCUCCCUAUGGUAAAAUAACAGCUUCCUCCAGUAGGAAGUUUAAAAAGAAGAGUUCGUGUCAGCCAGAUGAUGGUAACAUAUUCAGUACUAAAGGCUGGUGUCCAAAGAAACAAGACGAAAAUCAGUGGAUGCAGAUAGAUGUUGGUCCACCAACCUUGAUUACUGGUGUUAUAUCUAAAGGUCGUGGUGAUACCAAGAGAAAUCAUUGGGUUGAAAGAUUCAAGAUCUCUUACAGUAAUGAUACUCAAGUCUGGUACUUCUAUAAGGACGCCCACCAUCUUGAUCCCAAGCUAUUUGGUGGAAACAACGAUAAGAAUUCUGUUAGAACGCAUUUCUUGAAUUCUCCUUUCGUAGCAAGAUUUAUUAGAUUUCACCCAAUAGAAUGGAAGGGAAGAAUUAGCAUGAGAGUUGGACUGUUGGGCUGUCCUUUUAAUGGUAAGUGGAACUGUUCCUACCAGGAUUAUCGAUUGAUCGAUUUGCGCUUUUUUUCUCAUUAUUUUUCGUUACUGCCUUCAAUCUUAUUUUCUUCAUUAACUUAA